UCCCGCAAUAAUGCAGUCCUCAAUAAAGGAGAAGCUACACUUCCUGUACAAACCGUACGUGCUGGCGGUGCUGACGAUCGGUUACAUAGCCGGUGAGCUUGGCCAUUACUUGAUCGGUGUCACCUCGAAGGCAACAGCCAUCGAGCUGGACUAUGGCGACCAGGCGUGCCAGCAGAACCACACCGACUUUCUGCGUCACGAGCUACCGGCACAGUGUGCCGAGUUUAUCAUCGAACAUGAAUGCCACAAGCAGCACAUAAACGGUACAGUUUACUGUGAGUGGAACUACAACGGACUCGGGCUCGAAUAUCAGCUGCUGGCUGGUCCGAGCUUUAUCGCCGUGUUUACGGUAAUGGGCGUCGUGUUGGGUGUGGCCGCCGAUCGGUACAACCGCGUCCGGAUGCUGUUCGUCUGUACGCUCGUGUUUGCCGUGGCCAUCCUGCUCCAGGGUACGGUCAAGGAGUACUGGCAUUUGAUACUGCUGCGCAUGGUGAUGGCAGCAGGGGAAGCCGGCUGUAACCCACUCGCCACCGGUAUCAUGUCCGACAUCUUCCCCGAGAGCAAGCGAGCACUCGUGAUGGCCAUCUUUAACUGGGGUAUCUACGGAGGGUACGGUAUCGCGUUCCCGGUCGGUCGUUACAUCACCAAGCUGGACAUCGGUGGACUGGGCUGGCGCGUGUGCUACUACGGUACGGGUGUGCUUGCUCUCAUUAUGGCCGUACUCACCGGCACAACAUUGCGCGAACCGGAACGUCAAAGUAUCGGCGAGGAUGCGGCGGGUAAGGUGAAGGUUAACCUGUGGAAGGUGUUGAUGCAACCGCGCGUACUGUUGCUCAUGUUUGCUGCCUCAAUCCGUCACUCCGGCGGUAUGACCUUCGCGUACAACGCCGAUCUCUACUACAACAUCUACUUCCCCGACGUCGAUCUUGGAUGGUGGUUGUUUGCCGUAACGAUCGGUAUCGGUAGCAUCGGUGUGGUGGUUGGAGGCAUCGUGUCGGACAAGUUCGUCGCCAAAAUGGGUAUUCGAUCGCGGGUUGCCUGUUUGGCAGUGAGCCAACUAUUGGCCACACCGUUCGCGUUUGGAUCCGUGUACUUUGAACCGCUCUGGGCGAUGAUUACGCUAGGAAUCAGUUACUUCUUCGCUGAGAUGUGGUUCGGUAUUGUGUUCGCCGUGCUGGUGGAAAUUGUCCCACUCCAGGUCCGCUCCACUACGAUCGGUGUGUUCCUGUUCGUGAUGAACAACAUCGGUGGCAACCUGCCAAUUCUUGUCGAUCCACUGGCCAAAGCGAUUGGUUACCGUGGCUCGGUUAUGUUCUUCUACGCCGGUUUCUACGGUAUCAGUACACUGCUGUUCUUCAUCACCAUGUUCUUCAUGGAGGGACCAAAGCCGGCCGGAUCGGCACCAACCAUCGGACACGAUCCGACGAGCCACGCUAACCACGUAGAAAUGGGCCACGAAAACAACACCUUCCAGCCGGAUGACUAUCUACCGUCACCGCACACCAACGGUACGAAUGGGCACCGAAACAUAGUCAGCGUACGGCCAUCGGAAAGCAGUCGCCUUUAAAACGAAU